AUGAUUUUUUCUCGACGGAAAUCUGUCUAUUCUUUGCUGAGGCUAAUUCUUCUACUAAUAUGUAUAAAAAUUUGCACAAGCGACCUAUUCGAAAAAAGUGAGCCAUGUCAGGAUGUGCUUGGUAAAGAGCUACAUUGCCCCAGCAAUUUUAUCUAUUACUUCGAGUGUUGCUCUAACGAAUGUUGUUUGAGGACUCAGGUCCUGCCUGCAAUAGUGAUAGCUUUCGGUGCCAUUGUGAUGACAUUGUUUUGUCUGGUCUCGUGUGUCGCAUAUUGUUGUUGUGGAGAUUGA